AAAGCACCGGAUUCCAGCAUCCCACUUAAAUUUAACUUCCGCUGAAAGUCCCAGACCCAAAACGCGGUUCUUCUACCUUCUCUCCUUCCCAAGCUUACCUCUGCCGGCGGUGCCCCGAUCCCCCGAUUCCUUUUGUGUGCCGGAGUCGAAGCACCGCACAGGGCCGCCGAUGAACAUCUGGACCGACGACAACUCCUCGAUGAUGGAGGCGUUCAUUGCCUCUUCCUCCGACCUCCCGCCCUUCCACUGGCCGCCGCCGGCGCGGCCGUCCACGGCGGCUACGGCAGCCCACGUCCCCUCCUCGUCCUCCUCCCAGUCCACCGUCACCUCGGAGGCCCCCCACCUCAGCCAGGAGAACCUCCAGCAUCGGCUCCAAACCUUGAUCGAGGGGGCGCGGGAGAACUGGACCUACGCCAUCUUCUGGCAGUCCUCCGGCGACGCCGUCCUCGGCUGGGGCGACGGCUAUUACAAGGGCUGCGAGGAGGACAAGCGGAAGCGGAGGGCUAGCGGCGGCUCCGCCGUCCCCGCGGCGGAGCAGGAGCAUCGGAAGCGCGUGCUCCGGGAGCUCAAUUCGCUUAUCUCCGGUGGCGCCGGGGGCGCCGUCCCCGAUGACAUGGUGGAGGAUGAGGUGACGGACACGGAGUGGUUCUUCCUGGUGUCAAUGACACAAUCUUUCGUCGCCGGAGCCGGGCUCCCUGGCCAGGCCCUUCUCUCCGGAGCGCCGACGUGGGUCGCCGGCGGGGAGCGGAUGGUCAACUCGCCGUGCGAGCGGGCGCGCCAUGCCCACGUGUUCGGCCUCCAGACCAUGGCCUGCGUCCCCGUAGUCUCCGGCGUCGUCGAGCUCGGAUCGACGGAUCGGAUCUUCCAGAGUUCCGAGAUCGUGGCCAAGGUCCGGACCAUCUUCAGGUUUGGAGGCCGCGAGGCGGCAGCCACCGGUUCCUGGCCGCCGGCCCCGCCGCGCCAAUCCGAUGGCGAGACCGAUCCGUCCGUCCUUUGGAUCUCCGGUCCGAUCGUCCCCACAUCAACCGCUCCCGAGAUCUCGGUCUCGAAGCCCUCUUUCCCAUUCGAAAACCCUAUCUCCAGUAGUCUCGCUGAAAAUCCUAGCUCGAUCCCGGCCCCCCAUCGCUCGCCGCCGCCGCCUCAAAGCAGCAGUACCAAUCCCCAGACCCAAUCCUUCCUCACGAGAGACUUCAGCUUCUCCGAAUUCGGAUUGAACGCCUACCCUUCCUCCCCGAUCUGCAAGCCGGAAUCCGGCGACCUCUCGAAUUAUGACGAUAGCAAGCGGAAUCCUUCCACCUCCGCCGCCAACGGCGGCCUCUUCUUCCACCACGAGAUCUCCGCCGAGGCCAAGAACAAGAAAUCCGCAGUGGCCACAUCGAGGGGGAGCAAUGACGAUGGGCUCAUCUCCUUCUCAUCAGCCGCCUUAGCGGCGGCGGCCUCCGCCCGCCCCUCCUCCUCCGGCGGCGGCGGCGGCGCAACGGGGCUGCUUACGGGCGACUCAGACCAUUCCGACCUCGAAGCAUCAGUUCGGGAGGUGGAGAGCAGCAGGGUGGUGGAGCCGGAGAAGCGGCCGAGAAAGCGCGGCCGGAAGCCGGCCAACGGCCGGGAGGAGCCGCUCAACCACGUGGAGGCCGAGCGGCAGCGCCGCGAGAAGCUCAAUCAGAGAUUCUACGCCCUCCGUGCAGUAGUCCCCAAUGUGUCCAAGAUGGACAAAGCCUCCCUCCUCGCCGACGCCGUCUCCUACAUCAACGAGCUCCGGUCCAAGCUCCAAUCUCUAGAGCUGGACAAAGAACGCCUCCAAGGCCAAGUUGAUACCCUCAAGGAGGAGAGGGACUCGACAUUGGCCCGACCGCGGCCCCCGCUCGAUCGUGACCCCAAGGCCAUGAUGAACGGCAGCGGGAGGUGCCAUGGAGUGGAGGUGGAGGUGAAGAUACUCGGGUUGGAGGCCAUGAUUCGAGUACAGUGUAACAAGAAGUUCCAUCCGGCCGCAAGGCUGAUGAUGGCUUUCAAGGAGCUCGAUCUUGAAGUAAAUUAUGCCAGUGUCUCAGUGGUGAAGGACCUCAUGAUGCAGCAGGCCACAGUCAAGAUGCUGAGCCGGAGCUACACUCAGGAGAAGCUCGCCGCCGCACUCCUCGCCCGAGUUGCCGAGCCAAGCCCCCUCGGUUGAUAAAUUGUAAACCUAAUACCCACCAUGACCAAUUCAAGGUUGUUUAUGUGUUGGUGAUAUGUAUCUAUGGAUAGUUUCAGCUAGUCAGCAGUCUCUUUAGCAUUGUAUUAUGAGAUGGUAAUCUUCUUCUGUUAGAGAUAAAAGAGGAGCUGCUGCUGCUGAGAAUUUGUAUUGAGUAGUGGUGCUUCUUGAGAGAUCUGUUGUUCUAGAGAAUAUAGUGUUUUAUAGGUAUUAAUCUCCAUGUAAAAGUGUAUAGAUAUUCCUGCAUGCCAUUGCAGUGAAUCAGUUGUUCUAUCCACUUAACAUGUGUUUAGGAGAGUAAAUCAUCUAUAUUUGCCUUCUUUUAUGUUCUAAUUGUUACAGUGAUCUAGCUGUUUUAAAGACCUCCAUGCAGCUCAUAUAUCUGAGGUGGAAACUUUAUUAA